AAGAUGCUGAAGCCAUCCUUUAAAUGUCAAUCCACUCUUCGCCACCAGGGGUUGCAGCAGAAAAGCCGGAAGUGACUCAGCCCCUAACUAACAUGGCGUCCAGGUGAUUUCCGUUCUCCUCCUGCCUGUAAUCGACCUCCGUGGCUUCUCGCGGUUUUACCGGACCCUGGCGGCUCUGGUUCACCAAACUCCUCUCUCUCCUUCUCCGCGACAGGCGGGGCUACAAAGGAGAUGCUGUGUGUUGAUUGGUUGCGGUGCAUAAGAUGCGUAGCUACGGAGUUGGCCCGCGCACGCCGAGCCGGGAUUGGUUGCUGGAGGCGGGGCGACUAGACCGCCGGAGAGGUAGCCGCCGCGGUGAAGAGAGACAUGAGUCAGGCAGCCAAGGUGACAGGGCAUGGGGAGGUGUUGGGUGCGAUGUCGACUGUGGGUUUUACAACUCUUUAAAACAUUGCACAGGACCAGACAACAAGUUUUUAAAAAUGAUACCAGAGCAUUAAAAGCAGCCAGAAGAAAGAUAAAUGAAGAAUUCAAAAAUAAUAAAAGUGAAACUUCUCCUAAGAAAAUAGAAGAGCUAAUAAAAAUAGGUUCCGAUGUGGAAUUGGUACUCAGAACAUGUGUUAUACAAGGCAUUCACACAGAUCACGAUACACUGAAACUGGUCCCUAGGAAAGACCUUCUUCUAGAUAAUAUGCCAUUUUGUGAUGCACCAACCCAGAAGCCAUGAAUUUUCUAGGAUAAAAUCAAGUCUUUAAUCUUUAAUUUUAAAAUAUAUAACUGCAACAAAAGUCCUGGAAAUGCAGAUAUUCUGAACUGGCAUACUGAAAAUAAGUGAAUUAAAGUACAGUUUUAUCAUUGAAUUUCACUUUAAAAGGACAUUGCUAAAAACUGCACUCCAUAGCUAAGUAUUUCUAAAGAACAUUAGAUAACACAUUUCAUUUUCAUUGAAAAUCAAACUUUAUAAAGUGAAAUAAAUGUUUGGGGAGGUUACUUUUCUUUGACUUCAAUGAGUCUUAGCAUAACUGAGAAUGCAGUGUUUUGACAAGUGGAUGGGUUUUCCUCCUAUGUGAAAUGAAACUAUUGGAUUAAAAUUAUUAGAUUAAAUUGACGAUUAGUCCCAAGCACAUUAAAUUGGUUAGAAUAUCACAGUGUGUGCCAACUCUCCAAGAAGAUCACCUUUGUUUCCUAAAUCACUGAAAAGAUUUUUGUAAGUAGUAAAUAAUACAGUUUCUUUGUAGAGAUAGAGAAUAUCUCUUCGUUCCUAUAAAGACAACUUUUUCAUCAGUCUUCUGAUGAUAGAUAAUAAAAUAUCAAAAUCACCUAGGAUCACUAUGGAAUAGAGAAAUCUCAAUUUUCAAAAGAAACAGUGACCCUUAGUCAAACUGUAUAAUACAGCCCUAGUAGAGUUAGCUGUGCUUAGACCGCAGCUAGACUUUAUUGUCAAAUGUAAUAUAUGGCUGCAUCCUCUUCAUUUUCAUCAGUAAAAUGUAAAUGACUUUUCUUCUUUCACACAUCCCAGUCCUGAAGAGAUUUACAGUAUUACAAAACAUCCUGGCAUUCUGCCAUCUAAUGGUAGGAAUUAUAAAAUCGUAUUUAAUAUUCUUCUUGUUUCUCUUUUAUGAGUAUCUUUACCACUCAGUUUUUCUCAGUAAACAGUGUGUUUUCUCCCAUUCUCUAAUCAGUUCUCUCAUUCAGUGAUGAUGACACAGGGUUUUUAGGGGUUUUCUAUGUUUUUUUUAAAGAUUGUAUUUAUUUAUUUUUAGAGAGAGGGGAAGGGAGGAAGACAAAGAGAAAAAUAUCAAUGUGUGGUUGCCUCUUGCAUGCCCCGCACUGGGGACCUGGCCUGCAACCCAGGUAUGUACCCUGACUGGGAAUCGAACCGAUGACUCUUUGGUUUGCAGGCUGGUACUCACACCAUUGAGCCACACCAGCCCAGGCAGGGUUUUUAGUUUUUACAAGAAUCUCAAUGCUUUGUUUUUUGGCAAAACUUACUGGUAUAUCCAUGCCAGAUAUCAAAUUUCAUACUUAAAAAUAGUAUUAGGAGUUCAAAACAUUAUCAAAAUUAUUUAGAUGUAGUACACUUAACAUUAAACCAGACACUACCCUUGAUGCUUCCUAAUACUGUUGAACUGAUUAGUUAGUAGUCUAUGAAAUGGAU